GUUACGACACUGUCAGUCUGCGUUUGAUACGUUUAGCGAUAGGAGGCAAAAGGAGCUUUUGAAAUCGGAUCGACUUCAUUUACCACCAUGGGUGUGACGAUGAUUGAAGAAUUACCGAAGACGGGCUUCUUGAAAUUUAGACAUGACCAGCUGUUUCAAGUACGGAAACUAUUUAAUUUGGAGAAACCUGGACGAGUAAAGGAAGCGAUAGAGUUGCUGAGAGAAUGGCUGGAAAAGCAGGAUCAUUUCAAUAAGAAAGAUUUUAGUGAUGUCUAUUUAGAGAUACUAUUAAUAACUACCAAAGGUUCCGUGGAGCGUGCUAAAUCACGAAUUGACAAGCUAUGCACAUACAGGACAAUCUGGCCCCAGUAUUUCACAGCCAUCGAUAUCAACUCCUUCAAAGAAAGUUUCAAAACAUUUAACAGCUUAGUACUGCCAGAAGUGACAGAGGACUACUCCAGAGUAAAUAUAUUUAAAAUAAAUAGCAACGUACCAUUGCAGGCUGAUCUAGUCUUAACUUACAUCAAGUUUUCAAUCAUUGUAUGUGAAUAUUGCAAAGUGCACGAUUACCCUAGCGGAUAUAUAGUUGUGUUGGACUACCAGGAUGUAAACCUGUUGGAUUUGCUUUCUAUCCUCAGUCCCGCCCAAAUACAGCAAAUGGUUAAUUUGUAUAUGGAAGGAUUCGGCAUGCGUAUUCGAGGUAUCCACCUCAUAACAACGUCAAAGGUGUCCGAUGCUCUGAUUUCGCUUUUGAAACAAGUGAUGAGCAAGAAACUCAGCAGCCGGAUUCACGUACACAGAAACCAUGAGAGCCUAUAUGACUUCAUUCCUAAGAAGAUCUUGCCGGCUGACUAUGGUGGUGAUGCUGUGCCUUUGAGGGAAAUGAUGGAGGACUACCUUCAAGAACUUAGUACAAAGGAGCACAUGGAAUACAUGAAGGAAACUCAGAACGCAACUGUUGACUUGAAGAAGAAGCCUAAAGAUAGCACCAUUGAUGAAAUGGUAAUGACUGGCUCUUUUAGAACCUUGAGCGUUGAUUGAACCAAAACUCAGUCAGUGGUCCGAAGAAG